CAGCAUAAUAGACACAAUUCUCUUUCGGUUUCUUUUUUCCUCUGUGACAUAUGACUGAUAUUUUUUCUUUUUCAUUCAAACUGAAACUGUCCAGUAGAGAUGGACAAAUGAUCAACAUCCUUCAUGGUUUUCUCCACGUUAUGGAUCACAGUUUUAUUCUGCUGAUCACCAACUUGUUACAUUGGAACAUUGUGAAAACGAUUUUUAUUGUUAAAUGUUUUUUUUUCUCACUACUUUUGCUCCACACCCUGAAACAGGUCAUACAGUAAAGGCUUUGAAUCAUCCCUGAAGCGAUUUCAAGGAAACUCUAACAACCCUAUCAGCUUUGUUUGAACAAAAGCGACUCCUGAAAAAACCUCGCAACCUCGGGGCUGGACAGGAUGCUCAUGAAUCAUCAUGUGACUGAGAAGCAUCAUUCACCUCUUCCUCAGUAGAAAGGUUGGGUUUAUAAUAGUAAACUGUGUUUCCAGGAUGUUGUGUACUCGAUGACUUCUGUCACACGUCUGUUUCUUAGUCAGUGUUCAUAGAAAAGCUGUGACUGUUUGACAGACCGUGUAUGUCACUGCUAGAGUUCCUGGUGGAACGUUUCCCUCCAAAACCUCUUUUGUUAAAUUACAUAUCAGGACAUUUUGGGACUGAUGAUUAUCUUCUGCACCAUUACUUAACAAAUUCAGAUCUUAACGUACGGUUUACAAGAGACAGAAAAGAAGUCAGUGAUUGUAGGCAUGGAUCUCUGUUGUCGUGUUGUGUAGAAGGUGUACAAGAAACACUCUUGUUCCUGUAAACUAAAUGGCAGCUGCACACUUCCUGCCGCUCAACAAUCUUACAUGUUGUUUGAUUGUGAAAGUAUUGCCCCUCUUCAUCUGUACUGCCUCUCUUUCCUCCUGUGUGCCAUCAAUAUCCCAUUUAAAACAAAGUGCCAAAACAAAUAGAUGGAGGAGUACGGCUCAUUGUCUGAGACAAACAGAAGAAAACCUUGGGAAUAUCCGUUAGAGCCAGGCGAGAAAAAUGGACCUUGAAGCACUCAUUAAUAAGUGAAUGAAUGGCUUCCCAGCAGACAAAUCACUUCUGACGUCAAUGCUGCUUCUGACUCCUUAGGUGCUAUAUUUAGACACCGUCAGAAGAAAAACAGGAGUUCAUCAGAUUGAAAUUUUUCUGUUCCUCGUAGGUGAAUAAAUAACUGCGUCAGAAACCCAUUAGAAUGAUUGUCCACACCAGACAAAGCUCUUGAAGGCAGACAUUGUUCAAAAACUCUGCAGUUAUUAAUAGACAAAGUAGAAAAGUACAUUGUCCCUGUGUACGUAGGUGAGGAGUUUCGUUAUAUUCCCAGAGCACCACUGGUUAGGAUCUAACACUGCCUUCCAGCUUUGAACGUUCUUGUUUAAUACGGUGUUAUUUAUUUCUCUAUAGCUUCAAUAACUAAUAACAAAUAAUCCUCCCCUCCUAUCCUUCCACCUCCCCCUCUCCACUCACACUUAAACCCACCUUUUCUAGUGAGCCUCCAAACCCACACCUCAGUUUGUUAACACAAUUAUGUUUGUGGACUUUCACAGACAUUGUUUGUAAAUGUUAAAAUUCUGCAGCAGAAUAUUUUUGGAGAUGAUUGCUGUACAGUAUUUGUAAGCUCUAUUUUUGUAUAUUGCUUUUUGAAAGAAUUAAUGUUCAUUGUUUUUUCUCUCUUUUUUUUUGGCUAAUUUUAAUGUUUAUUUGUUUUAAAAGGGUUGCAUGUGACUGACUUGAACUGUAAAUAAAAACUCCAGGUUCUGGGAAAAUUUGAUUCAUUUUUCAACAAUGUUAAUAUGUAAACAAAACCUACAAUUUGAGAACAGAAUGUUACUGUUAUUUUGUAGUUGCAAAAGUGAUGACAUGUCCUUUUAAGAAAUUUUUUUUUUUUUUGUAAAAUUGAGUUGUCAUUAAUGCAGCUCGUUCUUUUUCUUCUAUUGUUAUAAUUAUUUAUAGCCAGAUAAAAGCGAUUUUGUUUACUGCUGCCACCUUGAAAUAUGCAGCGUUACCAUUACUAAAAGUAUUAUUUAGCCAGUUAAAUGCCAUAUAUAUAAAAUUGAGACAAUGUCGACUCCUUGUGGUGAUUGUCUGAAGUGACGGAAUGGCCUUGUAAGUACGUUUAAUUUACAUUUCAGUUAAAGUUACUGUUGUUAAAGUAUGGUCAAACAUUUAGAAAUAACAAACUCGAUUUAGAGCGAUUAUUUGGAUUCGUUCGUUUUUUAUAAAUAGUUUUUAAAUUUAUUACGUCGGUAGUGAAGAAACAGUAGACCUAGAAAACAGACAAGUGGAUGUCGUCGGUAUCGCGAGACGUAAUGGCAAGAAAAGGUAGACUACGUGACUUGGACGAGAUCACGCGAGAACUUAAGGCAAGCAUGUGACUCAAGCGCGGGAGAACCGUUAAAUUGAAACGUUUAAUACGGCCAUUUUUAAAGAAUGUUUAUGUUCAUGUAGUCGCUACAUAUCAGUGUAAACAUAGUAUUUUUUAAAAUCAGUAACUUCCGUCUUUACUGUGUUUGACGGAGCCAAACAAAAGACGGCAGAAACAAAACAGGUGAAAAGUUACAUUUGAUUGAAUGAGUACACACCGUGUCUGCAGUCAAGGACAUCCUGCCACUCGUAAUCCUGAGAAGAGAUGUCAUCUUCCCUGUGUAAACGACGCUGCUCCCACUGGAGGACGGCUUUAAAGUUUGUCUUCAAACAAAGACUCUUGGUCCUGUUCAUUCGGGUUUGUACUCUGAGUGGCACCACCUCCAUCCAGCCAGUGAGGGGCACACGCAGUGGUGGGCAGGACGCACUGCAACUCCCAGUGUUCUGGACACACCGAGCGGUCAGAGUUGUCGAUCGAAGUCCCGAUGGCGGAGGCCCGGCGGCUGGAUGAGAAGGAGGGGGAGCGUAGCCGAGAUGUGCGGGGCGUCCGGAGCAGGAACCAGGCAACAGAUCAGCCUGAAAGAACCAAACAAGAAUCCUUACGCUAUAGUCUGUCAUCUUUGCGGGCUGUCAUCAAACGAACAAGAAGCAACUCUCAGUGUGACCACCACCGAGACAGAAGGCGACCGGAGAUCACCGUAGUUUCAUCAGAACCCCUGGUCAGAAACAGCUGGUUCCCUGGAUCCUCUGUCGUUCUACCUCCUCUGUCUCAGUCCAGCUGGUCCUCAACAGGUCUACCUGUGUCCCAGCCUCCACCAUCCUAUGACCAGGUGAUUCAAGAGAAAACCCAGGAAGAGCACAUCUCUAAGCCGACUGCAGCUCCUCGCCGCAUUAACUGCACCACCACAAGUGCCACCCAGACCGACCCUCAGGGGGCAAAUUCAACCACCUCUGCCUCAAAGUGCAGUGCUGCCACUCCAUCAUCAGCUGAAAGAAGAUCUACUGGUAAAAAACCACAAAAACCACCAAGACCAUUGUUGCCAAAGCCAGGGGACGGAAGACCGGCCACUAAAAGUGUCAGAGCUCCUAAAAGGACAGCAGAAAAAACUGCAUCUGCAGGAACAUCAGAGCAAACUAGCCAAGCUGCUCAAACCAACCACUGUGACUCUGCUGCUCUUCAUCCCUCUGCCUCUUCACAGUCUCAUCAGUACCCAGUCCCACUUCCACGUAAAAAACUCCCAAAGCAGUCCACUGCAGAGCAGUCAUUGGUCAGACUUGGUGAAAACAGUGACAGUGUCGACGUCGCUCCAGAAGAUGAAUCCUCAAAUAAGUAUUUAAAAGAACUCUUAGAGAUUUUUAGCACAGAGAGCAGGUGUGGGGACAAGGGUGACAUUGUCAACCAAUCAGACAAGGCCUCUGAAAGUAAAAAUGCUGUUGGAGAAAUGAGCACCAAUAAUCAAGGAAAUAUGCAGGCCAGAAUCAAGGCCUUUGAAAGUCAGACCGAGGAUGGAAAUGCAGUGGAACAAGUCAAACCAGAACCUCGACCGAGGAAGGCUGCCAUCAAACCUCCAGUUGCUGCUAAGCCCUCUGUGGCUCUCAGAUCUUCAUUCACUGCCAGUGUCGAUGACACCAGUCAAGAUGUAUCAUCCACGUACGUACCGGAAGACCACAUACCAGCCGCCAGACCUGAGCCCCCUAAGAGACCUGUGGGAAUGUCCAUAAAGGAGGAACUAGAGACUAUACACAGCAAAGGACCACCAAUCAGACCCCGUCCUUCUUUGUUGAGCAGAGCCAACUGUGUCUAUGAGGAGGAACCUUCACCGCUGCCUCCUGUUCCUCCAGUGAAGCCUCCUAAAGAGCCGCCCAGACCAAACUUUAACAUCAACAACCACAACUCCACUGCUGUGAUCAAUGACCCUGACCCCUUCAGCAGUUAUCCGUCUCAGUUUCAAGCAGAGCCUGAGACAAACAUGCACAGUAAUGGAGGCUCAUUCGCUCGACAAAGUGCAACGAGGAGACCAACCACGAUCAGAGUCCCCAGCAAAACCCUUUCAUUCUCAGACAAUUUUCAGGACAGCCAUCCUCCUCCUCUUCCUGUUCAGAAACCUAUUGGCUCCAUGAACAGCUCGCUGAUCCAGAGACAAAUGUCCACUCCCAUCCUCCCAUCACAGGACACGUCCCCCUUUGGGCCAGAACCAUCAUUACCACCCCGGAAGCCCAGCAUGGUCAGAACCCUCCCACCUCGCCCACCUUCUGUCAAAGCCGGGCCAGGUCGGCCCCACGCUCCCAGCUUACAGACCACAGGUCGCUCCGUUUCAGUGCCAGUGUCUCCUAAACCCCAGAUGCAUGGGUCCCAUGGGAAAAAGCCCAUCUUGCCUCCAAGGCCCAACCCAGGCCACCGUCUCUACAACAAGUACACACUUGAACUUCCUCAUGGAAUAGCAGAGCAGGAUUACAACGCCAGCAGUGCAGGGGAGCUGUCAUUCAAGAAAAAUGAAGUUCUGCUCCUGGUAGAGAAGGUUGACCAGAACAUUUACGAGUGCCAAGCGGGAGAAAUCAGAGGCAGAGUCCACAAGUCUUGUAUGAAGGUCAUCACUCCUUUGACCUCAGACGUGUCUCCAUCUCAGACACCUGGGUCUUCAAGUGGAGGCGGACAAGGACAAAAGAUGGAGGUCAUGUUUGACUUUGUACCAGAGGGUCCAGGUGAGCUGUGUCUGAAGGCAGGUGACAUUGUGACCAUGGUGGAGCCAGUGGACAGUGAGUGGUACAGAGGCACAUGUCGAGGGUCCACUGGUUUCUUUCCCAUCAACUAUGUGAAAGUGUUGCCAGAUUCACCAAAAACCCUCCCUGAAAGAAAACCCAAGCCAUCAACAUUAAGUGGUCCACGGUGUGUGGCCAGGUUUGACUUUCAGGGUGAGCACAGUGAUGAACUGUCAUUCAGAGAGGGAGACAUGAUCCAGCUGAAGGAGUACAUCGGACAAGACUGGGCCAAAGGGCAGCUGGGAGUCCUUACCGGACUCUUCCCUCUCAGCUUUGUGGAGGUGAUUGAAGAUCUGCCUCCAGCUCCAAGUCAGCCUCAGCCACAGCCGAAGGCCAUUGCUCUCCCUGGAAUGGUGGCUGCUCAGAGUUCAAACGCUGAGAUUCCAAAACCUGCUCAGGUGUCCAAGUCCAAUGUUAACUGGGUGGUGGCACUGUACGACUACGCGGGGAAGUCAGCCGAUGACCUGUCCUUUCAGCAGGGCGACUGUAUACUGGUCACCGAGCAGCUCAGUGCUGACUGGAGCCGUGGCAGCGUGAACGGCAGAGACGGCAUGUUCCCUACAGCCUUUGUGGAAAGUACCACAGGUCAACAGUCAACCAAUAUUCCGAUAAAUGAAGCUGCAGCUCCUGGUGGUAGAAAAGCCAGAGCUCUGUACAGCUUCAAUUCUGACUGUGAGGAGGAGCUCUCUCUACAGGUGGGCGAUAUAAUAACCAACCUGGAGUCCAUUGACGAUGAAUGGGUCUUAGGUGAUUUGAAGGGGAGAAGAGCUAUGGUCCCAAAAAACUAUGUUCAAAUGCUGGAAUAGUGCAAUGAACGUGGUGGACAUGGGAUUGUAAAAAAAAAAAGUUAAGCACUGGACAUCUUAAACAUCUGCCUUUGACUAAAAACUAUUUAAUUUCCAAGCUGUUUUAUAGAAAUUUCACUUAACAUAGUUUUGUAUCAGUGUUACAGCAGGUUGUGAAUAUCAUGGAUGUAAGAUUUGAUCUUUUGCGCCAUCUAGUGGUUCAUUCUAAUUUAUACAUCCGCUUGCUUUUAUAUAUAUAUAUAUCUUUACUUGCUCGUAAUAAAAGCUGUUUAAUUCUUAAUGGUCUGCUUUAUAUGCAUGUGAUGACGUUACUAAACAUUUGGAACUUUCAUCCCAAUUUUUUUUCCAUUUUGACAAGGAAAAUGUCGCAGUUGCUGCCAACUUAUGUGCAGGUAAAUUUCUAAGGUAGUCUCCUCAAUGUUACCCUCAUUUUGUCAUUUACACAAAAUUCUCAAGCCUGUAUUAAUGUCAACACCACUGACAGCUAUGUGCAGUACCUUUGGCGAACACCAAUUCCCAUUUAUUUAUUUCCUCCACAUCCCUGUCAACUUUGUCCAACCACAGCUGCCCCUCUCAUGACCAUUUAAACACUUUUUUACUCAUCACCUGUAGUCUGCUUCUAUGUCUCUUUUCAUCAUAUGUUAACAGCAGUUAGCAUAUGUACACGACACUCCUUCCACAUGGAAAUGAAUUAAAACGGAGACAUUUA